AGGCCAGCCAAUGGCGGGUGGGAGCGGGCCUGGGCGGGGCUCCCGGAGAGGUCACGGGGAGACGGCCACCUAUAGCGUGGGGGGGGGGCGGAGCCCUGAGGGCCACUGGCCAAUUGGCGCGCUCGUCUGAAUGGCGUUUGGCGCGGAGCAGUGACGGCUGGGAUAAUAGCGAGGCAGCUGUGCGACUCUCAGAGGGUGCCGGUCUCAGAGGGGCCAUGAUUCGGAGGGUUUUGCCGCACGGCUUGGGCCGGGGCCUCUUGACCCGGAGGCCAGGCACUCGCAGAGGAGGCUUUUCUCUGGACUGGGAUGGAAAGGUGUCCGAGAUUAAGAAGAAGAUCAAGUCGAUCCUGCCUGGAACGCCCUGUGAUGUACUGCCAGACACCAGCCACCUGCCCCCCGAGCACUCGGAUGUGGUGAUCGUGGGAGGUGGGGUGCUUGGCUUGUCUGUGGCCUAUUGGCUGAAGAAGCUGGAGAACCGACAAGGUGGUAUGCAGGUGCUAGUGGUGGAACGGGACCACACGUAUUCACAGGCCUCCACUGGGCUCUCAGUGGGUGGGAUUUGUCAGCAGUUCUCAUUGCCUGAGAACAUCCAGCUCUCCCUCUUUUCAGCCAGCUUUCUACGGAACAUCAAUGAGUACCUGGCCGUAACCGAUGCCCCUCCGCUGGACCUCCAGUUCAACCCCUCAGGCUACCUCUUGCUGGCUUCAGAAAAGGAUGCUGCAGCCAUGGAGAGCAACGUGAAAGUGCAGAAACAGGAGGGAGCCAAAGUUUGUCUGAUGUCUCCUGAUCAGCUUCGGAACAAGUUUCCCUGGAUAAACACAGAGGGAGUGGCUCUGGCGUCUUAUGGGAUGGAGAAUGAAGGUUGGUUUGACCCCUGGUGUCUGCUCCACGGGCUUCGGCAAAAGCUCGCGUCCAUGGGAGUCUCUUUCUGCCAGGGAGAGGUGACACGUUUUGUCACUUCAUCUCAAUGCAUGUUGACCACAGAUGACGAAAUGGUGACCUUGAAAAGCAUCCAUGAAGUCCAUGUGAAGAUGGAUCACAGCCUGGAGUACCAGCCUGUGGAAUGCGCCAUUGUGAUCAACGCAGCCGGAGCCUGGUCUGCACAAAUCGCAGCGCUGGCUGGUAUUGGAAAGGGGCCGCCUGGCACCCUGCAGGGCACCAAGCUACCUGUGGAGCCGAGGAAAAGGUCCUUGUCCCCACCUCUCCAGGAGGAAGAACCAGACCCAGCGAACCUGGAAGUGGACCAUGAUUUCUUCCAGGAGAAGGUGUGGCCCCAUUUGGCCCUGAGGGUCCCAGCUUUUGAGACUCUGAAGGUUCAGACAGCCUGGGCCGGCUAUUACGACUACAACACUUUUGACCAGAAUGGCGUGGUGGGCCCCCACCCACUAGUUGUCAACAUGUACUUUGCUACUGGCUUCAGUGGUCACGGGCUCCAGCAGGCCCCUGGCGUUGGGCGAGCUGUGGCAGAGAUGAUACUGGAGGGCAGCUUCCAGACCAUCGACCUGAGCCCCUUCCUCUUCAACCGCUUUUACUUGGGAGAGAAGACCCAGGAGAACAACAUCAUGUGAGCAUGUGUGCUCUGCACUGGCUCCACUGGCUUGCAUCCUGGCUGUGUUCACAGCCUUCUCUGCUGCUCCAGUCUUCCCCAGCACUGUGCUGGGCCUUCUCCCCCUCCCCAGUGUCCUCUCCUCUCAGGCGGGCCAUUGCAUCCACAUGGCUGGGCAGGCACAGGCACUGAGGCCCAGGCCAACAGCAAGCGAUGAGCGGAAUCCUAGGACUGAUCUGUAGCCCAUGCUGGUGUCCCCCACCAGGGCAAUCCAGCUGGAGGCCUGAGCACCCUGGCCCAGGACUGGCUCCAUCCUGGCACUGACCAGGAAAGACUGCCUCUGACCCUCUUAGCAGACAGCCCAGGCAUGGGAGCAUUCUGGGGCAGCCUGGCUCAGGUUUCUUGAUUGUCUGUUACCCUAUCCAUCAAUCAAUACAUGUGAUUAACUCCUUCCCUCC